AUGCCCCGCCGUCGGCGCUCGAGUAUGGUCUCGCAUUCGCCGAGUUGCAGCCUCUCCGAAGACGAAAGCCAGACCAUUUUCCGGAAGGGACGGCCAUUGAUCGCGAUAAACGGCUCGCCCCUCCCGCAAACCGUGCUGUUGGCCGAGAAAUCGGGGGAUGCGCCGCAAGUGCAGAUGAUCCGGAACGGGCACACGGCCGCCCUUCUUCAGCAUUCCCCUCCAAAUCAUUCCGCGAUGAGCUUGAAACGGCGAAAUUGCAAUCGAUGCAAUUGUCAGGCGGAGCUGAUUCUGGACGACAAUCGACCGCUGGUCGACCGAUUCGCCGAUGACACUUCGAUGCUGGGAUUUCGCUAUCUGCAUUCCAGAUACAAGACUUGGUUUAGGUGGGUUAUCGAUAAAAAAAUAAUUUUUUUUUGCCAAUUUUGUCUAAAAAUGCAAUAAAAAUCAAUUUUAUUCAGGAUAUUAUGGUCGAUUUUAUUGAUUUUCUUCUUUGCCCUCACAAUAUAUCAGGUCGCCGAACGGUGCUCGUAUUAUUUCAUUAUCAAUCCACUUAUCACUACCAGAUUCUACAACACUCCAGCUGAAGUCGAAUUCCCAAAAAUUGUGAUUUGCAAUAAAAUGCAGAUAAAGUAAGUUGAGAUGGCAGAAGCAACAAGUAGGCACGCGUGGAGGGUAAAAGUUUCUAUAAAAAAUCAAGUUUUUCUUUGCAAAGUUUGCAUCAAUGUGUCAAAGAAAAGUUUUCUUUGUCCGGUCUCCACAUUUUCCAUACUCUUUCGCUCACAAACAUUUUUGAAUUUCUUGGCUUUCUUUGCAAAGUGCAAGCUCAAAUUUUGAGGAAUUGAUACGUUUUCGAGGUCCGACUUCUAUGUAAAUUUUGAGGAAAAUCUAAGCGUCGCAGUUCGAACGCUUUACUUAUUAGCUAUCUCUUGAAACCCUGUGGAUUUUAGGUUUUAUUCAUUCAUUUUUUGAAUUUUUUCACUUUUCAAUUGCGUAUUAAAACGACAUCCUUUCUUUACGCGUAUUUUACAACCUCUCCUCAAAAAGAUUAUGUUUUACCCAAAGAAAAAUUCGAAAACAUACAAAAAGACGUUCUUAUUUUAACCUUUGCUUCCUUAUUGCCUCGUAAACAUCGUUUGCUCUCGAAUUAAAACUAUUUAGAGCUUAAAAGCGUCAUCAAAACAAAUUCUCAGCAUUUUUGAAUUUCCCUGAUAAAGUUUGGACAAAAUGAUAAGUUCAAAAAUAAUGUCGUAUUUUACCCUCAUCCAAUUUUUUCAGAGCCUCAAAAGUCGCCGAAGUGAAUCCCCGUCUUCUUAGCGCUCUCUCCGAAAGUUUCGACGAUGAGCAGCGCUACACAACCAACGACACGAUCCGUCAUAUGCUAACCGACUUCAACGCCAUUAAUUCCUUUGAAUUUUUCGUCAAUACAAAACAAAAUGUGGAAGAUUUAUUUGUCGGGUGUCAAUUUGGAAAGGGAAAAAAUUGCGUCGACAAUGUGAAGCCGAUUCUGACGCCGAAUGGGCUUUGUUUUCUGGUGGAUAUGGACACGACGGUGCGAAGGCCGGGUCCAGAGAGCACUCUGCAAUUGUUGCUCAAUUUGGAGAUCUACGAGAGUGUGCCGGGCUGGGUUACAGAGCCGGGAGUGGUGUUGUCCAUGUUCGAUGCGAAUAUCCCGUUCGUUAACCAUUUUCAGGAGGGAAUGCAUUUGGAACCGGGGAAGGCGGUGACCAUCCCAAUCAAUGACAUUCGAAGGGUAAGGGGGGUUAAGAAAUACAGUGGGGGCCUGAUCCAGUAACAAAAAAUGUACCAUUUUGCAUCCGGGAAGCGCAUCAAAAAUGUGGCAAAAUGCUUCCCUCUCCAAGUCAAAAAACUUCGUUUUGAAGGAGUUUUUUCCUCACAAAAAGAGCGGGCGCGCUUUUGAAAUCCGAGUUCUUUCACUUGGGAAGGGAGAUAUUUUGCCACAUUUUUUGAUGCUUCCUGGAUGCAAAAUGGUACGUUUUUUGCCAUUGAAAAUCAUUUCGCAGUUGUACUCAUCGUAUUUUAAAAAGGAAACUUCUUUUUCCGCUCAAAACUCGCAAAAAAUUUUAGCUUCUUUCUCUGUAUUUUUCACUCUUUUUCAUCAGAAAAGAUCGUUGGAUAUCUCGGCUGCCUUUACAAAUUGCAAGCUAAGAUUUUUAAUAAAUUAUUUGUGGCCGAAAUGGUUUAAACAGACAAAAUCUGAUAAAGAUCUAAGCGAUAAAUUUUUAGUUGUUUCUCAUUUUAACUCUAUUGUUCCCAAAAACAUACAAUUUCCCAACUCUUGACUGAACUCCCAGCCAUUUAUUUCAGCUCCAACGCCACUCAUCCCAAUGCGGUUCCGACGCCAAACUUCAGGACAUCUUCGCUCCCAAGGACUACUCCAAAAGCGCUUGUCAAUGGUUGGCCAAGAUCAAGGACGUGCGGGAUCGCUGCAAAUGCGAGCCCAUUCUAUCGCCGAGGAAUCGUGACAUGUUCCAGAAUACCACAGGCAACAAGAAAAUUUCGGAUUCAGAAGAGCCGAAGAGGGUGGCGAAUGGGAGAAAAGGGCAUACAGAAUACCCCAUUUGCACUAUCGCUGAAGAAGUUUUUUGCGUUCAAAAUGUGCUGGUAAGGGAUUUGGAAUAGUUUGGUCGAUGUUUAAGGCGCCACUCAAGCUAUGGAGAGUCUUGUCGCAAAAUUAAAUUUGAAUUUUCCAAGGCCUAUGCGAUAUUUUUAACGUCAGAGGACACGCUGACAUUAUAUACGAAAAUUUACAAAGUCAUCGCCUUGCGCCUUAUGCAUUUUUACUCACAAAGGAAGUACCCCAAAUGUGACGCUCAGAUUUUUUUUUUUUGCACACACGUCGGUCAUGAACCAAGGAUCAAUUCCUGAAAGUUUUAGCUCGCGCUUUGCGGGCGCCGCCGAGAUAUCGAACGAUUUUUGCCGCCGAGAGAGCACGCUAAACGCGGAGGGCGGUCAGAGAGAAAAACACUUUUUGUCCAUAACUUUACUAGUUUCGUGCGUUAAAAAUUGAUUUUUUGUGGCAACAUUACCCUCUACGGUAGAAAUAGGCAUGACACUUUUCGUGCCAAAAUUCGGCAAAAAGUGUCAAAUUUUCGUCAACUUUCGAUCUAAAAAUAUCGGUUUUCCUGCAAAGCGCGAGCUAGGAUUUUCGCAUAUAUUUUCGAAAAAAUUAUUCUAAACUUGUGCCAAGUUUCAUCAAAAUCUGAGCGUCGCACUUGGAGUACUUUCCCUGUCAGUUGAGAGCUAUUGUCAUCAAAAUUUAUAUUUUUAACGCCUAUUUUAUUUAUCUUCAGGAAGAACCAUUGAGCCCAAAAACCCAAAAAUUCUUAUUGAGCUGCAUCAACGACUGUGACGAAGUUUCAUUUACGACAAUCGUCUUUGGAAACGAUCUACAUUCCUCGGACAUUUCGCAUUACUUGCCCGGGGAUUGGGAGGACGAAAAGGAGAAAAGAUUGGCCCAUUUUCAAGUAGGCUUAAUAUGAAAUAAAAAUAACCAAAAAAAACUUCAGUUAGCCCUUGAGAACCUUCCAAAAAACCGAAUCUCCCUUGUCCGCCAUAUCCAAGAGAUCGCGGACGACGCAAAACAUUUCCUCAACGAAUCGAUGAGAAUAUUCGGGAUUAAAAAAGAGUCCGGCGAUGAGGUUUUUCCAUGCUUCAAGACCGACGGAGGUCUUUAUAACGACGGAGUUUACGCAUUUCAUCGACAGGAAACUUUGUGGAAUGGAUUGAAUGAGUAAGUUGGAGAGAGUACACAAAAGUUGGAGAGCGGGCAGAGCGAAAAAAGUUUUUUGGCGAUAUUUCUGCCAAUUUUGCUUCAAACCAAAAAUUUAAGAUAUGAUUUUUAAUGAAAUAAUAUAAAUUUUUACUGAAUUUCAUGAAAAUAUGAGUGUUUCAUUUCGAAAAUUUCCUUGUAGAAAAUUUGAAAAUUAUCUCACUUCUUUUCUGCUCGUAUUUUACAAUUUUUUCUCUUUUCCAGAUUCCUGGAAACCGAAUUCCCCAAGCAUUUCGGGAAAGUCCUCAAACUCUUCAACCUCGAAAUCGACCAACAUCUCCGUCUCCGCGAUGACUAUGACUCCUCCGAGAAGUCCGAAGAAACAUAUCUCACCAUGUCCACCGAGUCUUUGUACGAUCUACGGGUAUUUGAGAACCAGGUGACUGCCCGAGGCGCAAUUUCGGGGCUGGAUUCGAUACAACCGACCGAGCGGUUGGCUGUCAAUCGACAUUUAUUGGGAUUCUUGCGUAAAUUGCAAGAGUGCGUGAUCAAAAUUCAAUUUAAUCCGCCGGAACAAGCGAGGAAUCUGACAAAACCUUGUCGGAAAGUGAGUUGAUGAUUGUUUUGGGAAAUGUAAAAUACGGGGUAGUUAAGUGAGGCAAAACAAUUUUAAUUUAAAUCAUCAAAAUCAUCAAAAUAAAAGAAAAAACUAACAGGGGAAGUACUCCAAGUGCGACGCUCAGAUUUACUUUAAAAUUUGCACACACGUCGGGUAUGGACUAAAUCUCAGUUCCUGAAAGUUUUAGCUCGCGCUUUGCGGGCGCCGCCGAGAUAUCAAACGAUUUUUGCCGCCGAGAGAGCACGCUAAACGUGGAGAACCGUCAGAGAGAAAAACGCUUUUUGGCCAUAACUUUGGCAGUUUCGUGCGGAAAAAUUUGAUUUUUUGUAGAAACAUGAUCCUUUACGAUUGAAAUAGGCACGAAACUUUUCGUGCCGAAAUUCGACAAAAAGUUCUAAAUUUUCGCCGACUUUCGAUUUAAAAAUCUCGGUUGUUUCUGCAAAGCGCGAGCUAGGAUCCUCGCAUAUAGCUUAGAAAAAAUCGUUCUAAAUUUGUGCCAAAUUUCAUCAAAAUCUGAGCGUCGCACUUGGAGUACUGUAAGUUUCAAGAAUUCAAAAAAAUCCGGAGAUUUUUAGAUUGCACUUUACAGAAAUAUGUUAUUUUUAAAAUAGUUUUUGGUAAGAAUACUCCAAAAAAAUUCGACAAAAAGCUUUGUGUUAGGCAGAUUUUUUGGACAUAAUCAAAAAAAAAUUAAAUAAAAAAAAACUUUUUUGUAAAAUACGAUACACGACAUUUCAACUUUCAGAUGAUGAUGUCAUAUCACACAGUCCUCUACAACGCUCGGACUGUCUCCAAAACAGUGUCCAGCGAAGCCCUAAAGGACUUUGACACGGGUAUAAAAGGGCUGACCGCUGUUCUGCGGAAGUUGAAAUACGAUAUUGCGGGGAGUAUUUUUACCAUAAAUAACUACAACGUAGAUUUGAGAACGUUCCGGAGAUUGUAUAAGUAAGUGAAUUUUGAAUUUUUAGAACUUUAAAUUUAGGGGUUUUACAGUGCAAAAUAGUCUUUUUUGAUGAUUACUGAAGGUAAAAAAUGACCACACAGUGCGAUAGGAGUUGUCAAAAUUUCUUGCAUUGUGUAUAAAAAUUAUGAAUUUCUAUUUUUUUGUAUUCCAAAAUUUUAAUUUUUUGAAAAUCUAUUGCACUGUGCAGUUCGAAAUAAAAAAUUUUUGCACAGUGCAGAAAUUUCAACAGAAAGAAGAUUGCACAGUGCGCGCUGUCGCCAAGAAUAAAAUUGUUUUUGCACUGUGCAUCUUUUCGCCGGAACCUCGAUUGCACAGUGCAAUGAUGUUUUCAAUUCGCACCGUGCAAAAAAAUGAAGACUUUUUUCGCACAGUGCAGAUUUUUAAAAUUCAUUUUUUCAGACCUACUCAUUGAAAAAUUGUAAAAUACGCAUUAGCUUCUUUCUUUUUUCAGAGAAGGGGGCAAAGGGAACGAGCUGUUGGUGGAAUUGCUUCGAUUCCGAAAGUUUAUUCAAUCCGGCGCUGUGGACGAGAUCAAAAAGUUCGUUGAGUCCGUUGAAGAGGCCGUUGAAGCAAGGGAUUCUGUGCUGAAGGAGUUGGAUAUGACACCGAAAAAUGCUUCAGUUCAACCGAUGAAAUUUGCGCAAGAAACCGCCAAAUGUAUGGCAAAAAUGGUGGAGGAAAUUGAAGUGAUUAGGGUAAGUUGGCAAAAACUUUAUUUUGAAGAAGAAUUUAUUUGAAUAUAGUGUUUAUAACUCAAUAAUUUGCUGUCUUUUAUAUACAUCUCAAAGCCUUUCGUAUCUUCAGAAAAGUCCAAUGAUCCGCGCCGAGCUAAUGUCCCGCAUAAUUCACGCGGUUACCGUAGCCCAGUCCUACUCACCUGGCCCCGAAUAUGAUCGGUAUGAUAUAUUACAUAUAUUAAUCCAUUUCCAUACAUUUAAGCUUAUUAUUUAACAAAAAUUUUUAAAGUUUAAUUUCUCUAAUUGCCCUAUUUUCAGAGUGAAUCUCCUCUUUUUGAAGAUUUAUUUCGCCCAUUUCAAAGAGGAGAUGAUUACACAAGAGCGUUCGUAUAACGUAUUCUUAUUGCUGGCCGAGAUCGGAGGUACCAUCGGAUUGUAUGUGGGCGCGGCCUUACUGAGUGUCGCCGAGACCGUCGUCUUCUUCUUUGAGAAGCACACACUCAAACAACCAAUGACCAAACGACCGCCGGCAUGA